AUGCGCUGGACUCAAGAAAAUGAAGAAAUCCUCUGGCAGACUGUCUUCAGAACCCACUCAUUCCACAUGGACCUUACCAAGAUCGCUCAGGAAUGGCCCGGCGACGACAAACCUACUCCGAAAGCUCUCAAAGAGCAUCUUACCAAGUACCGCAAAAGCCUCGGCGGCGACGGCCGCAUCACAUUCGGGAUGACCGGCCUGAAUGCCGCUGGAACUCCUACCGGGACUCCUCGCAAGAAGGGCCCGGGCCCAACAAAGAAAGGUGGUGAUAGUGCACCAGCAACCCCCCAAAAGAGGGGCGCGCGUGAGAAGGGACAGGCGCUGGAGGAGACCGAGGAGACCGAGAUUGUUGUUGUAAAGAAAGAGGAGGUUGAGCCUACUACUGCGGACGAGGAUGAUACUGAUGAGAGCGAUGAUGUGAAGGUGCAUACUCCGAAGAGGAUUAAGAAGGAGAUUCAGGAUGAUGGCUUUCCCUAG